AUGGACUCCUCUACCUCCACGUCGUCCAACACCCAGGGCGAAGCCAAGUAUAUCAACUUCCCCAGUCUUCCUGACGACGCAAAGCAUGAAGAUGGCACCCCUGCGCUGAACAGAUAUUCUUCUUAUAUCACUCGGAGCCAUGACUUUCCUGGUGCUCGGGCUAUGCUUUUUGCAGCGGGAAUUCCGGAUCGCGAAGCGAUGGCUAAGAGUCCACAGGUGGGAAUUGCCAGUGUCUGGUGGGAGGGAAAUCCUUGCAAUAUGCACCUGCUGGACUUGGGCAAGACGGUGAAGAAGGCCGUUACGGAUCAGGGCAUGACCGGUUGGCAGUAUAAUACCAUUGGAGUUUCAGAUGCCAUUUCAAUGGGUAGUGAGGGCAUGAGAUUUUCUCUCCAGUCGCGUGAGAUCAUUGCAGACAGCGUCGAGACCGUGACUUGUGCGCAGUAUCAUGAUGCAUGCAUUGCUAUUCCUGGGUGCGACAAGAAUAUGCCUGGAGUGGUGAUGGGUAUGGCGAGACACAAUCGGCCUUCGCUUAUGAUUUACGGUGGAACAAUUCAAAUUGGAUACUCGAACCUGCUGCGAAAGCGGGUCAACGUGUCAACUUGCUUUGAAGCGGCUGGUGCCUAUGCCUACGAUACUUUGCGUCAACCGGACGAUGGGGGUGACACCAGUAAAAGCAAGGACGAGAUUAUGGAUGACAUUGAGAGACAUGCUUGUCCCAGUGCGGGCGCAUGUGGAGGCAUGUUUACUGCAAACACAAUGGCCACGGCGAUUGAGUCCAUGGGCCUGUCCCUACCAGGGUCAUCAUCAACGCCUGCCUCGUCUCCAUCGAAGAUGCGAGAAUGUGUUAAAGCGGCAGAAGCCAUCAAGAUCUGUAUGGAGAAGAACAUUAAGCCUCGGGAUCUUUUGACCAAGCGCUCCUUCGAGAACGCCCUCGUCAUGACGAUGGCUCUGGGAGGAAGUACCAAUGGUGUCUUGCACUUCCUUGCCAUGGCUCGGACGGCGGAUGUGAACCUGACCCUAGAUGAUAUACAACGGGUCAGCAACAAGAUCCCAUUCAUUGCUGACUUGGCCCCCAGUGGGAAGUACUACAUGGCAGACCUGUACGAUAUUGGAGGGAUCCCGUCUGUGCAGAAGUUGCUGAUCGCAGCGGGCCUUCUUGACGGCGACAUCCCCACGGUCACCGGCAAGACCUUGGCUGAGAAUGUUGCAUCUUUCCCAUCUCUACCUCAGGACCAAGUCAUCAUCCGCCCCCUGGACAACCCAAUCAAGACGACUGGCCACCUGCAGAUUCUACGUGGAAACCUGGCGCCUGGUGGAGCGGUGGCCAAGAUCACUGGCAAGGAGGGCACCAAGUUCACAGGCAAAGCACGUGUUUUCAAUAAAGAAUUUCAGCUCAACGAUGCUCUGACCCAAGGCAAGAUUCCUCGAGGCGAAAACCUGGUGCUCAUCGUCCGCUACGAAGGACCCAAGGGUGGACCAGGCAUGCCGGAGCAGCUCAAAGCGAGUGCGGCGCUGAUGGGAGCUAAGCUCAACAAUGUGGCCCUAAUCACAGAUGGAAGAUAUUCAGGGGCUAGUCAUGGAUUCAUCGUGGGUCAUAUCGUCCCAGAAGCUGCGGCCGGAGGACCCAUUGCCAUUGUUCGCGAUGAUGAUGUGAUUACCAUCGAUGCGGAAACCAACACAAUAAACAUGCAUGUCUCAGAUGAGGAAAUCCAGCAGCGACUGAAAGAGUGGAAGCCCCCAGUGCCUCAUGUCACACGUGGUGUACUCGCCAAGUAUGCAAGGCUGGUUGGGGACGCCUCUCAUGGUGCAAUGACGGAUCUGUUCUAG